AUGGGGCAUUCUUUGUCUAAGGAGGCGUCCUUCAUUAAGGAUCUUAAAGCCUCCCUUCGAGAGAGAGGAAUUAGGGUCAAGAAGAAAGAUUUAAUAAAUUUCUUUAUUUACAUUGACAAGGCCUGUCCUUGGUUUAUGCUGGAUGGCCCUACCAUUCACCCCAAAAAAUGGCAAAAGGUAGGACGUGAGCUCAAUCAAAAAUUAACUGAGGAAGGAGAUCAAUCACUCUCCCCUACAGUCUUUUACUUUUGGGGCAUUAUAAGAGAUAUUGUUGAGGAUGCCGACAAUGAUGCUGGCAAACGACAGUUACUUUCAGUUUCUGAAUAUUGUCUUUCUUCAUCCAAGCAAAAUUCACCCGCUGCUUCUCGUCCUCCCUCUCAUCCUAAACCCCUAGAUCCUGGAGAUGCCGCUACACUCGAAAACGAGGCUGCUCGAUAUCAUAAUGAUGAUGACCCUCCACUCGCCUCCGCACCUCCGCCAUCUGCUCCUUUUGUCCUCCCAUCCUUCCCUACACUGCCUACAGAUAUCCUCUCCGAGACCCGGUCUCGUCUUUCUGCCCAAGUCCGUGACCUGACUGAGAUCCUCCAUCUCCAACAACAACUUUCGCGACUUACACCUCGCUGCUCUGCCCUCCCUACAUCCAAUCCUGCCUCCGCUAUUCCUGAGCAUUCUCCUCCAUCUAACUCUUCGCUCAUAAAUCCGGUUUUUCCUCUGCCCACCCCAUCUCAACUUACUUUUCCUGUUACCACUUGCUCACAGGCAAGCCGUAUUUCUGGCCCUUCUCAAUCCACGCCUACUCGCCCUGAUCAUGUUAGCAUUAGAAUCCUUGACUAUGAGGCCUCUGAUGAACAAAAUAGCGAAAGUGAAAGUGAAGGCGAGGAGGGGCCCCAGGCUCCCAACUCCUCUAGCGACCUUGCUAGUUCUUCCGCUAAAGCCAGAACAAAAUCCUCCUCCGAGGAGCCUGGUGACUUUCAUCCCCUUCGCUUCAAAAAAUUAGAAAAACUUAAUUCAGCCGUCCGCACCUAUGGCCCUAAUGCUCCUUUUACUGUUUCCUUCCUUGAAAGUAUGGCUGGGGGCGGAUUCCUGACACCCAGUGAGUUGCUUACUGUUGUCCAAUCGGUUCUCACAAGAGGCCAAUUUCUCUCAUGGCAGGCUGAUUGGUAUGACCGCUGCCGCAAUCUUGCUAAUAACAAUUUAAAAAAUCCUGACAAAGCCUCAGCAAAAUGGACAUUUAAUAAAUUAACAGGACAGGAAAAAUAUGCUUCAGAACAAGUACAGCGUGCUUUUCCUGUUGGGCUCUUAGCUCAAGCCCAUGGGGCUGCCCUUGCCGCAUGGCGGGCAAUUCCAGUUAAGGGGUCUGUUCUUUCACCCUUAACAAAGAUUAUCCAAGGCAAUAAUGAGGAUUAUUCAGAAUUUGUGGGGCGCUUCCUUGAGGCGGCGGAGCGAUCAUUGGGAUCCGAUAAAAUAGAACGAAAAGAAAGUAAACUCCUUAAACAGCUGGCCUUCGAAAAUGCUAACUCUGCCUGUAAGGCAGCCCUGCGGGGCAAAUAUAAAGAUAAGAACCUUCCUGAAAUGAUCCGUAUCUGCUCAGAUGUUGACACCUUUACUCAUAAGUCUAGUCAUGGGAGCCGCACAAGGCCCCAGUUCAAAAUUCCCUUGUUUUAA